CAACUCCCGGCGUACACCGCGCCCUGGUUGCAGCUUGACACUGUGUCAUUGUGGAGGAAGUUUGGCUGCCUGGAGCCCACACUUUGCUGGGAUGCCACUGUUAAUUGGCAGCCAGAGGCUGGAUGUCAGUCUGUCAGCUGCCAGGAUUGUCCAGGUGCACCCUGAGCUGGAGGUGAGCAGAUUGCAGGACAUCAUGGGGGGAGACUGUGCAGGGACAUGCUCCCAGGGCUUGGCUUAUGGAGCAUCCACUGCAAUGAUAGAGAGACAGCUGGACUGAGCAUUGCCCUCCCUGGGGUGUUACUAUAAAGGGGCAUUGCAUGGUAUGUACUGUGCUGUGUGCAUGCCUGCCAUUCCCACACACUGCUAUUAUUAGCCCCCUCCUCCUAUUGUUAUUUAGGCUGUACAGUUUGCUAUAUUAUAGGUAGGGAUUUACUAUGGAAAUAAAAGACUGGAAACAGAUUUUGAUUUUAGACAGCUAGAGCUAUUCAUGGGAAAAGGUGCUACAUGUUAAGAGACAUUUUUUGUAAAUGAACCUUAUUACUAAACUUAUAGAUUUUCAUAAUAUCUUUUUGUGGUAUUAUCACAAAACUUCAAAAAGUUAAGAACAAAGAAGGCACUUGAAUCAACCUCACGGCUCACAAAACGAGCAACAGAAUGAUAGCACACAUACAGGCUAUUUACUAACUGAUUUACUCGCUAAACAGUAUUCAGUGAUGGAAAUGGCCGUAUUGCGCCUGGAAUGGCAAUUCUCAUAUUUACUAUGGCCAAAUCCUGUUUGAAUUCGGUCGGCCCAAGCAGAUUUGCAGCAAACAUCCCAAUGUAUUUGGUGUCCAUAUUGUUAUCGCCAUUUAUAUAGCACCAACAGAUUCCGUAGCGCUUUACAAUAUUAUUAGAGGGGGGAUUUAACUAUAAAUAGGACAACUACAAGAAAACUUACAGGAACGAUAGGUUGAAGAGGACCCUGCUCAAACGAGCUAACAGUCUAUAGGAGGUGGGGUAUAAAAUUAAUUCAGGACCGAAUACAUCCGGUAGGAUGCACGUUCGCAUAUUAUCGUUAACUUGCUUUCUUAAAGUACUAUUUGCCUUCUUAAAGUAAAGCAAGCAAGCUAAAAUGCUUUAUGUAUGUGUAGUGUUACUUUACACUACUGCAGGAUGCGUUCCCAGGAUAUGCCAAGUCACAGGACCUGUGUUAGCUAGUGUGUGUCGUGCAGGGCACAGGGACCAGAACGGGUAACUAUCAGUAUAAGUCUAGCAGCCGUUAUUAUUCAAUUCUCAUGCUGUGGGUUUAGGAAGAAUAUCUAUUUUGGCUUUCUAGUUGGCGUGUCUCGGCUACCACUAACAGAGCUAGCAUGCAGGUUUGUUUUAAAUGAGGUCAGUGAGCCAUUUAGAAAGGUAAAUGAAUCCAAUGGGGUUUGAAUGCCUAGCAAGUUAUAAGCUAAUAACGAUCAUGAGCCAUGGCAUCAAAACGAAAUAUAAACAAAGCAUAAUAGGAAGAGCAACAUUUCUUAACUAAAAUAUGUCAGCAUUGAUAUAGAGAGAGUGGAAUUGUGAAAAUGAGAGCUAUAGCAGAUAUCCAAUGACUUGUAGGAGUUUCGUACAGAGUAUAUUGUACUAAUGGCAAAGUGACAGGAAUAAGAGCUCACCUCGGAACAUUUGGGGUUAUCUCUAAAACGGACACUAUAGCCACCAGAACAACUACAGCUUAUUGUAUUUGUUCUGGCGAGUAGAAUCAUUACCUUCAGGCUUUUUGAAGUAACACAGUUUUUUUUCAAAGAAAAUGCAGUGUUUACAUUACAGCCUAGUAAUAACUUCACUGGCCACUCCUCAGAUGGCGAUAAGAUGUGCUUCCUGGGGCAGGGCUGCACACUGUGCAGCACUGAAAUUCAGUGUCCCCUCCCUCUGCAUGCAGACACUGUACUUUCCUCAUUGAGAUGCAUUGACUUAAUUAAUCUCUAUGAGGAGAUGCUGAUUGGCCAGGGCUGGGUUUGGCUUGUGCUGGCAAGUGGGUGCUAGGGGUGCUAGAUUUUAACACGAUAGGGCUGGAAUACAUGUUUGUGUUCCUGACCCUAUAGUGUUCCUUUAAUAAAGGUCACAAAAGAGGCAGAUUUCAACUUUGCUAGUAGUAAUUGGACAGGUGAAGACAGGGUGCAGAGUGAUCUGGUGCUGAAAUGCAGACUUAGAUGAACCAGCGCCAGGGACUGCCUGGCAUUAUAUCAAUUUAAAUUCAAUGAAAUUCUGAUGGUGUUAAAACUGUUCCUCUAAGAUACAUACCAAAUUCAAAUAUGUCUUUAGUAAACAAAUUCCUGAAGUCUGCUCUAAGAAGUUAAAUUUCAAAAUGUAUUUCUUUCACAUUGUGUCUAUGUAAUGUUCACAGGCGUAGCGAUUCAAAGUAAUGUUAUUGUAUGUUUUGUGGCUAUGCUAAUUUUAACUUUUGUUCACUAGGUGCGAGCCAAAGCAUUAACAAGCCAACCAAUCCAUACUUUUGGACCAAAGGGAUUUCUAUACGUUCAGCAGAGAGAAUUAGCUGUAACCACAUCUAAUGACAGUACGUGAAUUUCAUUUUUAAUAGAUUGUCAACUCCUGUUAAUAGUUGGUUAAUUUAAUUCUUCGUUUUUGCUUGGUUUAAUACACAAAGAGCAAGAUGGCUUGUUAGUCUGUUUCAUGUAGAUCUAGAAUUCUAGUAAUCUAACAUUAAAAAACGAUUACUCUGUAUAUUAGGAGGUGCAUUAAAGGAACACUAUAGGGUCAGGAAAACAAAUGUGUAUUCCUGACUCUAUAGUGUUAAAAACACAUUUUAGCCACGCAGCCCCACCUUGCACCCUUAAAACAAAAGAAAACGUACCCAUAGGAGGCUAAUGGGCAUGCACGGCAAAAGACCACGCUGGCCAAUCAGCAUCUCCUCAUAGAGAUUCAUUGACUCAGUGCAUCUCUAUGAGGAAAGUUCACGUCGUGCAGCACUGACCCAGGAAGCACCUCUAGUGGCCGUCUGAGUUACUGCCAACUACAUUAAGCUGUAGUUGUUCUGGUGACUAAAGUGUCCCUUUGAGACAGGACACAUGAAGUGUCUGUAAGUCUUGACUGUCUCUGCAAUUGCCUGCUUGAAUUAAAGGAUAUAUUUGAUUUGCAGUAGCUUUAUUAUGUCAUGGGAUGGUUACACUUAUACGUAAGUGAAGACAUCUGACUCUUUCUUCUCUGAAUAGGUGCCAUUUCUAUACUUGGUUCUGAUGAUGCCACUACGUGCCACAUUGUAGUGCUAAGACACACAGGUAUGUUACUUUCUCCAAUUGCGACUAAAAUGGUCAUAAACUGGUUUGUUAAAAUACGUAUUUAAGGGAUGGGUUGACGAGAUAUGACCCCUUAUUUAAAAUAAAAAAAAAUAUAUCAGUUUAUCUUCUUAUAGAACUCUCCUCGGCAUUGAAACUCCUUUUUGUAAGAUUUUUGCUACAACCAGGCUCUUUGUAACAAGACAAAAUACACUACAGUUUUAUGAUGGCAAACAUGUCAGCCUCUGUCUUUGGAACAUUGGACUAAUUUUUUAGGUCUAGAAUCCAUGAUUUUAGGUUUAUUCAAAACUGUGUGCUCUGUGUGAUGUGCUUUUUUUUUAUCUGAAAAAUUAUCUUAUAUUGGCAAGAUCUUUGACCGUUUUAUUUUACUUUUUCUUUUGCCCUCUUUUAUCCUUUGCCCUUUCUUCCUCAUUCAGCUUUUGAGAUGCUUUAUAUUUUUAUUUACUGAAGUUAUGUUUCUGUAUUAUAUGUAAAAUAUUCAAUUAAAGCAUAAUAGAAAAAAAAGAUCAGCAAUUUAAUUGUCUUAGAAAUGCAUUAUAACAUUAAAUUUGGUCAAAUAAGACCAACAGUUAUUGACCAUGGUUAAUGUUUUAUUAAUGUCAUAGUUUUGAGUGUUAGGAUUGUGUAGAUUGAAUAUUAUCACAUCAUUUACCUCUUAUUUAGUUUUACAGAUCUCUAACUGCUAGACUGAAGUACACAAACACAGGCCAAAUAUUAAAGAAAUACACUAAACACCAUAUUAACGUCAUCUCAUUCAAGUGAUUACGCUAUCUGGAUCCCCUGGAGCAGUUCCACUAUUCAACGUUUUCAAUUGGUUCAACACAGAAUCAGGGUCCUCGGGUGUAUGCAGCCCAGGACUCUCUCUUAUACUUGGGCUAAUGCUUCCGUAUCACACCAAGCAGCAGUGAUAGGCUGAUCAGAAUACUAUUACUGUUGUCCAUCGCUGGUAUGAGGUGAUGUAGCCAUAUCUUCAGUGUGGGACAGAUCCAUGUGGGGAGAAGGGACCCUUAUUCAGUUCUAUACCAUUUGAAAACAGGUUAACGUUGAACAGUGGUACGGCCUUAGGGGUCUGUGGGUACUAUAACCACAUCAAUGUGUCCCUUUACACAAUAAAAUAGGAUGCAGUGAGAAUACUAUAUUUCUUUAUUAUUUUUCUAGUCUCGCGUUAUUUUCCAUACACAUCAAUAUUGUACUCUCACACAAUCUCACCUAUACUGAUAUUGGUUAUAUUUUGGUGUAUCAAACAAAUUUUGAAUGCAGGACACUGAUAAGGUCCAUAGUAGCAACAUAAUAUAAAUAAAUAUUUAACUCAUUUCCACUUCACCCCUUACAUGCGGUAUUGUCCUUACUUUCGUUUAUAGAUUUAAUUUUCACAUUUACUGUAUACAUGCUCUUAUUGAUAGAAUGUUUUGCUUCAGUGUGCUCACAUGUUUUUGUUUACACCAAUCAUAUAUCAGGAAGUGAGGCCACGUGCUUAGCACAUUGUGAUGGGUCGGAUACGGAGAGCGAAGUGGCAGACAUUUUGUAUGCUGUCCAAUCCUUAUCUCAAAAUACUAAGGAAGGAAGGUAUGUUUUUAUUUGAUACACUUGAGAACAAGAAUAUACCUGACAUACUGCUUUAGUAUCAUAAGAGAACUUCUAUAGGUUUCAGAUAUUUAAUAUUGUGUGAAAUUGGCUAUGCCAAGUCCUCUUAAAAAUGGCUCCCCUCAGUUUGAAAAUUUAAGUUAAAGGGACACCAUGGUCACCAAAACAACUAUAGCUUAAUGAAGCAGUUUGUAUGUAUAGAUCAUGCCCCUGCAGUCUCACUGCUCAAUUCUCUGCCAUUUAGUAGUUAAAUUACUUUGUUUAUACAGCCCUAGUCACACCUCCCUGCAUGUAACUUACACAGCCUUCCAAAACACUUCAUGUAAAUAGUCAUCUAAUGUUUACCCUUCCUUUAUUGCAAAUCCAGAUUAAUUUCAAAUAGGUCAUCUCGUGCUUUAAUAGCUUGCUAGAACCUGCAGGAGCUUACUUUAUGUAAUUAAUUUGAAUCUUAACCCUAAUUUUGUGUUAAGAAUUGUUAUUUACGGAUAAACUGUUCUGGUUUUCUCAGGCUAGAAUUACACCUUAUCGGAGGGUUCAUUGAUAAAAGACGUCUGUCACAGAAGCUAUCAAGUCAGCUCCUUAGUAAGUCAAUGAGUAGAAUAUAUGUUUUGUAAUAGUUGCCCUUAAUGACCUUUAGUUUAAUCAAAAUAUUUAAUUAAUUUUAAAGGUGCAAUUAUUUAAGUGAGCACCUCGAACACCAUUACCAUUACAGCCUGCUGUAGUAGUAAUGGUGCCAGGAGUCCUUGGCAUGCUCCCAGUGUAAUUUGUAAAACUGUUUUAGAAUCCAGUAAGCACAAUAAGGAUUUGGAAUUCUCUGCCUGAAGAAGUGGUUUUAUCAGAGUCCAUACAGAUGUUCAAACAGCUACUAGAUGCAUACUUGCAAAAACAGAAUAUUCAAUUAUAUCAUUUUUCAACUGUAGGGUAAUAGCUGAUUGAUCCAAGGAUAAAGCUGACUGCCAUUCUGGGGUCAAGAGGGGAUUUUUUUCCCCUAGUUUGUUGCAAAAUUGGAAGUGCUUCAGAUUGUUUUUUUUUUUUUUUUUGCUUUCUUUUGGAUCAACCGCAAAAAACAAAUGUGAAAUGCUGAACUUAAUGGACGCGUGUCUCUUUUCAGCCUAUGUAACUAUGUAACUUACCUGUGUGCCCGCAGCACAUCUGGUCUGCUCUUGCAAAAGAAGCCAGAUGUCGUCCCUGAGCUAAGCACGGCUCAAUAGAGCCAAUCAGGGCAGCUUUCAUUGCUCAGUGGAACUUAACCAGAUUCUGUGACCUCAGGCAGCUGGUGGUAAGUUGUCAAAGUGUUCUGGGAAAGAAAUUAUACUGGAAAAGUGCUAGAGCACUCCUAAUACCAUAACUACUGCAUAGGGUUUUAGUGGUUAUGGUGGCUAGAGUGUUCUUUUAUUUUAUUAUUUUUGCUAUUAAAACAUUAUUUAUGGAGAACUGACAAGGGAAUUGUAAAUUUUAAGCCAAAGGUGGGAAGGAAAUAGAGCUUCAACAUGCCACAAUUUACCAUUGACAAAUUAUGUUUAGGCAACUUCUCAGGAACUGUUACCCAGCCUUAAAGGAAUGUUUAAAAAAACGAUAUUCAGUUUUAACAUUUGGAUUUUUCCUUUAACUAUGAAGAUGCACUCCCAAAUAAAAAUAAGUGAAUACAUUACUUGUCUUUUUAUUCAGCGGCAAGCUCUCUCUCUUACCACUGCUCGGUUUCGCUGCGAGGAGAUUGUCCGUGACGAUAAUCUCCCCUUCCAGUUCAGACCAAAUUGGCACAUGCCACUCAUUGGGAAGCAUUAACUAAUCCCUAAGUAAGCUCUUUGCUUCUGUUUGAACUGUCAUUCAGGAAGAGUUGAAAAGCAACCAAGAUGGCGAUCAAUCAGAAUACCAUCAACACGGUCCUGUAUGAUGUGUGUUGCAAGUUGGUGUUUCCUCCAUAACUUUAUCCUUUUCAGUAGCCACAGGAAAUUCAUCUGACCUUGGGUCAAUCUACCCAUUGGAUGUGCAUAGACACACCAGGAAUGAUCUGGUAAAAAGCAGCCUUUCAUGUGCCAUUAUAUGCAAUAGUGAUCAGUGUAAAUAUUAUAGAGUCUUAAAGUAUAGUAAUUUUUAUUUAUUUUUGCAGAAGCCUUUGACAGACAGACAGAUGACAUCUAUCUAAUUACGUUUUGUGUUUCAGGUACAAUAAUAGUAUAGUCAUUAUUUUUGCAUUUUUUGAUUAUGACUAUAAAUAAAACACUGGGCGUUUUGUCAUGUUUAAUCAUCUUUAAUUACUGGUUGUGUGCUUUAAUGCAGGGAUGGAACACCAGAAGCCAUGUCCUUAUUCUGGUGGUUAUAGUUUCCCCAUUUUACAGUUAAAGAAUUCUUAACCAACUUCCUGGUUUAACUUUUGCUGCAUCAUUUAUUCACACUUGGUGGGAAUUGCAAAGUCUUCUAGAUGGGAAAACUAUCGGUACAGGAAGAAUGUUUGGCAAUUUCACUAUCUGUAAUCACUGUCUUUGAACGUCCACCAGUCUCCAUGCUAAGUAUCUAUUGACCUGUAACCAGUGGCUUCCAAAAAAACAAUAGCACAAUUUUUUUUGCAUGUUACGGACACCUCAGAUGUUAUGUACCUUUUGGUUAUUGCCAUUGUAUGGCAGUCCUUGGUUGUCUCCUAAUGCAUAAAGUUUCCCAUUCAGACGGUGGUUUCUCCUAAAACAAUUACAAUUAUUUAUGUAGCACCAAAAUAUUCAACAGCCCUAUGCAGUAGGUAAGCAGGGCAAACACAUUUUAAUGAAACAUGUUUGACAUAUAAGAACAGUAGGUGAAGAUGGUCUAAAUAUGCUUACUAUGUGAUAACAAGGUGCCAAGCGUGAUGAUUAAGGAUCAUAACCUGCUAUAGCUUUAUCGUUUCAAAUUUAAAGGGUAUGCAGCAAGUAUACCCACAUUUUAAUGUUUUUAUAUAAAUCCAUUAAAAUUAUAAAAAAAGAAAAAUUCUCAUUUAUAAAGUUCAGAAACGGCAGCAUUUGUAUGGUUUACAGAAGUUUACUGCAAGUUGCAGACCCUUCCCUUGCCAGGCAGGCACUGCCAUCCGAAGCCCCCCAUUAUCGUUUAUAGAAUUAUUCUUACCUUUAACCCCUUAAGGACACAUCCCUUUUAUUCCAGAAGUUUGGUCCUUAAGAGAUUAAACCCUUGACCAGCUAGAGUCUAUAGGACUUCAGUUUUAAUCAUCACAUAGGAUGAGUAGAACUGUUCAAUAAGCUAAUAACAUCCAUACCUCAGCUCCUAUUAGUUUAUUUCUCUAUCAUAAUCUUACCAGUGAUGCUUAACAGAAUGCUCCAAGUACCAUAACCACUACAGCCUCCUGGAGUGGUUAUGGUGCUAGGAGUGCUCUGGCACUGUCCCACAUUAAGUAUUAAAAGCUGUCUUAGCAAGGUCUGACAACUUUCUGGUUUCUGCUACAGGCCCUCCUUCUAGUCUUUUAUAAGAGAAUUUGGUCAGUUCUGCAGGGCUAAGAGUGUGUCUGCGAGUGUCUGCACCCUAGGCCAAUGAACUCAUCCUGCAUCGGUCAGUGACCUCCAGCUUCUUCUUGUAGGAGAGAAUUGAAUGCUGGUGCAUGGGGGACCCGGCUAAGUUGUCUCGCUGUAUUUAAACAGUUUGACUUCUUAUUGUUGGACGGUGCCAGGCAACUCCUGGCACCAUGACCCUUUUACAUGUAUUCAGUGUAUUGGCCACUAGCGUGUCAAAUGUGCUGAACUGUCCUUAAAAUCUAAUAUUUGACAUGGUUUGCAAUGUAUAACCACUUGCUGUCAUUUACUAAUGCCCAAAUACUAGGUAACAAGACGACAAAUUUGACACAGUAUUUUUUUCUCCUUUUCUACAGAAUUAAAUGACAAGGAGGAUAAAGGUAUCCAUCUUCCAAUAAUAUAUGGGAUAGGUAAGUUUUGUCAAGAGAAGGGAAAUAAGUCAUUAAUCUGGAGUAAAAUUACUCCUGGUGAUCAGUCAAAAGAAAAAUCUUAUUGGAAAAUAACUAUUCAUAUAAACAGUUUAAUAUCUACCAUUUUUUUACACUCCACAAGACACACCUUGCCAUAAGACGCACCUAGUUUUUAGAGGGGGAAAACAAGAAAAAAAACUAAAAACUAAACUGUACUAAACUAUUUAAUAAACUAUAUCAGAAUAAUAUUUCAACCAUGUAAAGUGAACAGCAGUCAACAGUGGCAUCAAGAACAUUGGGACAGUUUACACACGCACACAUGCAUACACAUACACACUGACACACAAAUUGCAGUUGAAAUAUAAUUAACUAUCCCCUGUUUCCAUACCUUUUGCUGCAGGGAGGUGAACUCAUGGAGCUGGCUGAGGCUGAUGUGAUGGGAGUCUGCCUGCAGAGCUCUUUCUCCUCCCUCCCUCCUCUCUCAGCGUGCUCGGUCAGUAAGCUUGGAGGAAGUAACAGAUAGUCACUUCCUCCCAGCACUCUCUGCUCGGGAGGGGCUCAGUAUCGGCUCUCUGCAGCCUCUCCUCCUCCAUGCCGCACAAUCUCGGCAUGCAAUUGCUCCAUAAAACGCACAGACAUUUCCCCUUACUUUUGAGGAGGAAAAAAGUGCGUCUUAUGGAGUGAAAAAUAUGGUAUAUGGAAACUGAAUAAAAAACCACAACCAAAAACUUACAGGGUUAUUUACUAGAUUGAGAUUUGUCAGGAACUCAAAGUGAAUUACAAAUUUAAGGCCAGAGUUGCUGAACUGGAAAAAAAUCUUAGCUAUACUUUCGGUUUGGCUAUUUUGGCCUUAUUCACUUUGAAUUCCUGGCAUUUCUCACUUUAGUAAAUAUCUCUCCUAGAUUAAUUGUUUGAACAUGUCUAUAUAAAAAAAUCCAAUGUCUAUUAUAUUUUUUAACAAACAUUUUAUAUUAUGUCAGAGUUGCCUAUUUUGCCAUUACGUUAACCCUCUCCUCAUGGCACACCUAACAGUCAAGGAUUUAGGGAUUACCUGGGUGUUUAGAAAAAAAAAACACUUUAGAGUCUAAGAUGUUUUUAGUUUAUUUUUUUUAUUUUUUUACCGCCUUAGACACACCCACGUAAUCCCUAAAUCGUGGACUGUUAGGCAUGCCACGAAGAGAGGGUUGAGGAGCUCUGUCAUAGAGGAUACGAUGUGAAUGGAAUAGGUGAAAUAAAAAACCCAGUAGAUUAUAUCAAGGAUCUAUUGUUGCAUAGAGCCAUAUGAACUGGUGAUAGGGUCAUUCUCAAAUGGUACAAAAUCCCCCUAUUUCUUUGAGGGGACGCAAGUGGUUGAUUAUGUUUAGUUCUGGUAAUUGUGGAGGUCAUUGACAGAGGUUAGGUGGUUCCAUGGAGGCCAGGAUGUAGUCCGGUUGUGUGGUGUAUAUGAUGAUAUUACAGGGAGUGCAGAAUUAUUAGGCAAGUUGUAUUUUUGAGGAUUAAUUUUAUUAUUGAACAACAACCAUGUUCUCAAUGAACCCAAAAAACUCAUUAAUAUCAAAGCUGAAUAUUUUUGGAAGUAGUUUUUAGUUUGUUUUUAGUUUUAGCUAUGUUAGGGGGAUAUCUGUGUGUGCAGGUGACUAUUACUGUGCAUAAUUAUUAGGCAACUUAACAAAAAACAAAUAUAUACCCAUUUCAAUUAUUUAUUAUUACCAGUGAAACCAAUAUAACAUCUCAACAUUCACAAAUAUACAUUUCUGACAUUCAAAAACAAAACAAAAACAAAUCAGUGACCAAUAUAGCCACCUUUCUUUGCAAGGACACUCAAAAGCCUGCCAUCCAUGGAUUCUGUCAGUGUUUUGAUCUGUUCACCAUCAACAUUGUGUGCAGCAGCAACCACAGCCUCCCAGACACUGUUCAGAGAGGUGUACUGUUUUCCCUCCUUGUAAAUCUCACAUUUGAUGAUGGACCACAGGUUCUCAAUGGGUUUCUUGCCAGCCACGCUGUGGAGUACUUGGACGCGUGUGAUGGAGCAUUGUCCUGCAUGAAAAUCAUGUUUUUCUUGAAGGAUGCAGACUUCUUCCUGUACCACUGCUUGAAGAAGGUGUCUUCCAGGAACUGGCAGUAGGACUGGGAGUUGAGCUUGACUCCAUCCUCAACCCGAAAAGGCCCCACAAGCUCAUCUUUGAUGAUACCAGCCCAAACCAGUACUCCACCUCCACCUUGCUGGCGUCUGAGUCGGACUGGAGCUCUCUGCCCUUUACCAAUCCAGCCACGGGCCCAUCCAUCUGGCCCAUCAAGACUCACUCUCAUUUCAUCAGUCCAUAAAACCUUAGAAAAAUCAGUCUUGAGAUAUUUCUUGGCCCAGUCUUGACGUUUCAGCUUGUGUGUCUUGUUCAGUGGUGGUCGUCUUUCAGCCUUUCUUACCUUGGCCAUGUCUCUGAGUAUUGCACACCUUGUGCUUUUGGGCACUCCAGUGAUGUUGCAGCUCUGAAAUAUGGCCAAACUGGUGGCAAGUGGCAUCGUGGCAGCUGCACGCUUGACUUUUCUCAGUUCAUGGGCAGUUAUUUUGCGCCUUGGUUUUUCCACACGCUUCUUGCGACCCUGUUGACUAUUUUGAAUGAAACGCUUGAUUGUUCGAUGAUCACGCUUCAGAAGCUUUGCAAUUUUAAGAGUGCUGCAUCCCUCUGCAAGAUAUUUCACUAUUUUUGACUUUUCUGAGCCUGUCAAGUCCUUCUUUUGACCCAUUUUGCCAAAGGAAAGGAAGUUGCCUAAUAAUUAUGCACACCUGAUAUAGGGUGUUGAUGUCAUUAGACCACACCCCUUCUCAUUACAGAGAUGCACAUCACCUAAUAUGCUUAAUUGGUAGUAGGCUUUCGAGCCUAUACAGCUUGGAGUAAGACAACAUGCAUAAAGAGGAUGAUGUGGUCAAAAUACUCAUUUGCCUAAUAAUUCUGCACUCCCUGUAAACUGGAAUAUGGGAAAGGCUUGAUGGUACAGUGUUUCCUUAGCUGGAUGCACUGGUCUUGCCACAUUACCUUAUCAUGAUAUGACCAUGCAGAACAACCAUCAGAUCUGAUGACUUCAACUUCGUUGCUACCAUGUAUCUACAGAUCCCACAUCACUUUUUUAACAAACAUUGUGCAUUGAACAAAUCCUUAGGUUUUCUCCAUGAGUAUGAUGUAGCCAGGAAAUAAUUUGCUAGAUACGAUUUGUGUUGCAAACAGUGUCUAUAGGAGGUAUCCAGUGGUCCCAAGCGUCUUCCAGGUCAAUAGGAAACCAAUGAAUACCCCUCAUAUCCAUAUCUGUGAAAAAUACAAAUGUGGUGUAAUGCUUGGGCAUAUGUUUAUGCAUCUAGAACCUUUUCACUUAAUUGAAGAUAAUCAUUGCCUCUUGAUUGCAGAGUACAGAAUUCCAGCAUUCAUUAAAUGCAAAGAAUUUUUAACCAACAUGGCUACUCACUAAUCUGACAAGUAUUGGAGAAUUUUUCCAGUUUAGCUAUUUUUAGAUGUGAAGUGAUAGUACUGAUUUAAGUAUGAUUACAUUUUUUAUGGCUGUUAAUUUGUCCCGUUAAUCCUAAAAUGGACGGCACUUUGUAUCUAAUGGACUGUAGUUUCUAGAUGUUUGUAGAUUGAGAUAUUGUCAAAUGAAAGGAAUGCUCCAGACACGUAGAGCAUGUCCCCUUGCUGAAGUGCUUUAUGUUUUUGGAGUCACAUUUGUGACAGUUAUGCCAGGAGCACCUUCCUUGCUGUCAAUCACAGAGCCAAUGAGGUUUUCUUCUGCUUGAUUGCUCUAUCGAUCUAACAGUGGUGGCUAGUGCACACCUACCUUCACCCAUUCUCAGUGAGUUGUAUUACAGCUCAUUGAGAAGCAUUAGAAAUCCACAAAUACAUGCGCACACAUGCUCGAAGCUCCAGCACAGAGACUUUUCAAAUGCUGCAGACAAGAGACCUGCAGCUUAUGCAAGCUAUUUUUAGAUAUACCCCGAAUUAAAAAAAAAUACAUAAAUACGAGCAGGCAUGUUUUCAUUGCUAAAACCUUUAAAAAAAAUUUUUUUUGUCAGGCUGCACUGUAACAUGUCAUGUUGUGUUUUUUUCGUAAUACUUAGGAAGCUAAAAUUACUUUUUCUACCGAUACUUAUGGACUAAUCCAUACUUUCUCCGGUUGACUAUCUGCAUUUUAAAUCAUAUCGAACAUGUCUGGUGACAAACUAAUAACUUUAUGUUCCCUUAGCUGUAAAUGUUAAAACCGCAGAGAUCUUCAAGGCAAACUGCCAAGAUAGACAUCCGGAUGAAGAUUUGAGAUCUGCUUACACUUUCACCGGAGGAACGGUAUAAAAAAUUGUUACGAAUAUAUAAUAUUAUGAACCUCCUGUUUAUUCACUGGGUGAUAAUUGUGGCGAAUUUACAGAUAUAAAGAUAUUUUUAUCGGAAAAAUAAACAGUUAAGAACAAUCUGAAUGGGCAAAAACUCAGUAAGUGGUCCAUUGGUCUCAUACAAGUUUUAGUUUGCAUUGUCAUUACAUUAUAUUGUGAUAUAUAUAUAUAUAUAUAUAUAUAUAUAUAUAUAUAUAUAUAAAAAAAAAACUAAUUUUCAAGUUACAAUAUAAUCUAUAAUUUUACGCAUAAAGAUGUGCUUAUAUCACCAUUUAAAGACUAUGCCUUUUUUUUUUUCUACAUUCACAGAUGCUGAGUAUUUAUGAUCCAAAAAAAGAGCAAUUAAAGAUCGGACCUUAUUCCUGGAUACCUUUCCCAAACAUUGAUUUCUGGUUGGAGCAAGAGGAUGAACAGAUUCUUGAAGUAAGUAAUUACAUAUAGAGAAAGUGUGUGUUUGUGUGUAUGUAUAAUUUUUUUUUUUUUUUUACUAAUGGAUUAGUAGAGUUGUUUUUCUUUUAGUGUAGGCUUUGGAAUCUGAUUAUCAGUUUUAAUGCUAAAUAUCUCUAGCAGUUAUCAGAAACCAGCUCGGAUAGUCAAUCAUUUAAAUUUUUUUUAUUGAAACAGGAACUGUCCUGUCCUAUGAUUUGUAAUAUCAAUAGACUUACAUGUCCAAAUCCACACCUUGUUAUCCUGCAACUGGGUGCCUCCAUCUUACCUCCCAGUCAAUCAUUUUAAUAAACUUUAACCUUUGCCCUGGGAGUCAGCAAGCGUACAGGGAUGAAAAAUGAAUUUGCAAUCUAUACCAUGGCUGUGCCUGGAUUGAACUGUCAAUUUCUAAAUUCUGAAACUUAAACAAAACAGGAGUGCAUCACAUAGAAAAGAUGUCACCUAUAUUCAGAGGUGUAAUGUCCAGAGCAGUAUCAGUUCUCCUUUGAUCAUCUUCAGGACUAUAAUUCACAAUUUGUUAGUGUUCUGACAUCACCUAUAAAAAGACAGAGCAAUAAGGAUCUUAUGAUUGCUCGGUCUGUGAAAGUGUUGUGACCUCCUUUGACCAUAAUUGAUGCAGGUUGUGCCGAAGUCACAGGUGGACCUCCACACUGACACACGUACAACUGAUUUGCUGCUCUUUUCAUUAAUCUGUUCUUUAUUCAAUUUAGGUAAAUUUAUUUUACAUUCCAGACAUUUCACCCAGUAAAAACUAGGAUAAAAAAAACCUAUAAAAUAAAACCACACUUUCUAUAAAAGAUUUUCUGCACAGCCUAUUAAGGAAACAUGAAUGCAUAUAUUUAUCAUUUUUAGGCCGAUUAACACAUAAUGAGAUUUCCUGGCCACGCACAGGCCAGUCCCCACUUGUACGGCAGUGAUUACACACUUCCUUCUAGCCAUACAGAUUCAUACUAGUCAUGGACAGUUGUGAUUUGCUAAGAGUGUGAGCAGACCAUUUACAGCCCAUCACAGCCAUCCAUUGCUGCUCAGGCUAAUGCGUCCUCAUUACCCAAAGCAGCAAAGAGGGUAUGAGCUGCAUGGACUCUUCUUUACCAUUAAAAAGGUUUUAACAAUAAAUUAACGUAUGGUGCCAGGGAACUUCAGGCACAAUAACCACUUCAAUGGGAUGAAACACUUACAGUGCCAAGAGUGACAGUUUAAGUUAAAUCUAAUGUUAUACCUCCUUCAAGCCUCUUGUGUUUUCAGUACAUUCAUUCACAUUGGCGUUCUUACACUUUCCUUCUGAGCCAAUUCCAGUUUUUGUUGUACUAAUUGCUCUUGAUUUCUGUACAUUCAUGCAAGCAAGCCUUUUAAUAACUUCUAAGUGAAAAAGUGCUUUAAGAUCCACAUUUCUAGUCUACCUUGACUAUCAAGUGCUGUUGGCGGUGUCUGACUCCCCUACAGUUAUGGCUUGAAGUAUCCAAGUAAUUGUCAUACCAUGCACAACAGUUCCACAUCUCUCUUCUUUUGACAGUGUUUCUCUACGUCACCACUGGCAGAGCCACCACAUUUUGUUGCUCACAUUCGAUCAACCCUUCGGUUUCUUAAAGAAAAUCCACAGCCAACAAAGUCCAUCUUUACAGAUCGAAAACCACGUGUGUACAGGAAACGGGUGGACGGAUCCUGGGAGAGAGUGCUAACUGAGAUGGUUUAGUGGAAUAAGGGAUGCGGAUUCUAUGAUCACAGUGCCAAAACUGCCAGUUAAUGUUCCAUAUAAAAAAUAAGUACAGUAUCAUGUGUCUGUGGCACGUAAUCAUAAUUCUGAACAGACUGGGACCAUUUAAGGGCUGAUGAUUUAUCUUGUAUAUGCAAGACUUGUUAUCCAUUUGUAUUUCAGAUCCUUCUCACAAUGAGCAUUCUUUAUUUUCCAUAUGUGUAAAUACCACUUAUAAAAACACACGCUAUUGGACCAUGGUGCUUUCAUUCUAUGCAAUUCCUUUAAUAUGAGGGCCAAGAUUGUAAUGAAAACAUUUGAGGGCUAGAAGAGUGCGAGACACAUUGCAAUACAUGGCGUUCGCACACCAAUGUUGGUUUUAGGGUUAAGAGACAUCCUGUAGCCUAUGUACAUGGACUUGUUUAUAUUACUGUUUGCAUUGUUUUAGACCAAUUGUCCGUCUGGAUUUUAUGGUGACCUCAAUAACAAAACAUUCUGAAAACAC